AUCAAGUUUGGCAGUUGACAUAUUUCAAGCGGAAAGGAAUCAAGGGGCCUACACCACUUCCAUUUCUUGGAAAUUCUCUUGAUUUAUUUGAAGGCUUACAUUGGAAACUUAUAGAAAAUAUUAAGAAGUAUGGAAAGGUCUAUGGCAUGUACAUGUUUGGAUCGCCUGCAUUGUUUAUUAGUGACCUUGACAUGAUAAAGGAUAUCACAGUAAAGAACUUCAGCAAGUUCAUGAACCACAAGCAAUUUGUGUUGAAAUCUCGACCAUUUGACAAGGCAGUAUCAGCACUAAGGGACCAGCAUUGGAAAGAUGUUAGGAAUGUCAUGACACCAACCUUCAGUGCUGUCAAAAUGAAACAGCUGUCAGGUUUGCUCAAUGAAUCUAUUGAUACUUUGGUGAAAAACUUUGGAGAAAUUCAGAAGAAGGAUGGCAAGGUGAAAGUCUUCAGUUUAUGUGAAGCAUUCACGAUGGAUGGAAUUGCUAAAUGUGCUUUUGGACUACAGGUAGAUUCACAGAACAACCCAAGUGAUCCAUUCGUCACUAAUGCAAGGGAGUUGAUGAAGAAAAGAAUUUCAUUGAAAGUAAUGGUUGCUGGAACUUUCCCUAACAUUGGCAAAAUAAUGGAAUAUUUCAGAGUUAGUAUGCUGUCAGCUGAAAUUCAGAAGUUUUUCAUCACUGUAAUUGAUCAAACUAUUGCGGCUCGCAGGGAAAAUCCAAGCUCAAAGAUGAAGGACUUUCUUCAGAUUCUAGUGAAUGCAGAGCAGGGUUACAAAUCAGAGAAUGAGAUAAAAGAAGAGAAAUUGCAAGAGAAGAAAGCAGAAGAUGAUAUCCAUGCUUCAGUUGAUGAACAGGAAAAUGAAAGCUACUUCAAGAAGAGCAAGAAGACAACUCUAACGAGGGAUGAGAUAUAUGGUCAGGCUAUGAUAUUCUUUUUGGCUGGUUAUGAAACCAUCAAUGUUACUCUGGGAUUCUUGGCAUAUGCCAUGGCUGCAAAUCCUGAUGUUCAAGAAAAACUCAUUGAAGAAAUUGACAGUCUGACCCCAACUAGAGAUGAUGUUAGCUAUACAUCCAUUGCAAAGAUGCCUUACCUGGACAAUGUUGUCUGUGAGACUCUUCGACUCUACCCUGCUGCUGUUGUAAUUGAACGAGAGUGCAACGAGACACAUGUGUGCAACGGUAUCACUAUUCCAAAGGGGGUUCAAGUCAUUUUCCCUUCCUUUGCUAUCCAUCGUGACCCUGCAAUCUGGCCUGAACCAGACAAGUUCAACCCCGAUAGAUUUACUAAGGAGAAUCGUGAAGGGCGCCACCCAUUGGCCUGGUUACCAUUUGGUUUUGGUCCGAGGAAUUGCAUCGGGAUGAGGUUUGCCUUGAUGGAAAUGAAGAUGGCCAUCAUUCGUCUUCUUCAGAAGUACCGCUUUGAAACCUGCCCAGAAACUCCGGUUCCCCCUAAAUUUGCCAAGAUGAGCCUCAAACCUGAUGAUGACAUGUAUCUACGUAUCGUGGAGAGAAGCUAGACAAAAAUAGAAGGCGACGGCAAAGUGGUGAUUUAAAUUUUCAGCAUAUAACCCUAUGCAAAUUUACAUUUUCAGCAUUUCAAUUUGAACAUUAUUUUUUAAUAAUCGAGGGAAGCUGGAUGAAGAAAUAAAACCACAAAAGGUUAAUGGUCGCAUUGCUUUUUGGAUUGUACUGAUCUGGUCAAAAUAUAUUUGAUGUUUAUAAUCCAACAUAGAUUGUACUUUGCAAUGUACUGGACUCAGAGGAGUAACAGUUUUUAAUCAGUUUUGCCAACAAAUUUAAUGAAAUAAAUUUUUGCAAUUAUGGAAAUAAGAUUUGAUUGCCAUUUUUGUUGUCAUUUCUACCAAUGUGACUUGUGGUACAGUGAAUCAUUAUUUCAGUCAUCAAAUUAGACAUUUGCCAUAUGAAUUUCAUGCAUUGUAAUUCACCACUACUUGUAUAUAUUUCUACUUGUUUAGCUACAUUGAAUGAGGAGACCAAAUCUGCAUUUAAUUGGUUGAAUUGCAUGUUUAUUUAGUUACUGAUGUAUUCAAAAUACUUUUCUUAAUUUUAAUGACAUUUUCUAAUUUUAUAUCAGACCAGUGUUAUUGUGUGCUUAUUGAUGUUUUGUAGUUAUUAUUACAUUCAUUAGGAUUCAAGUAGUGUAUGCUCAUAGAAGUAUUAUUUUGUAGCUUAAAGUUUUAAUCCUCCUGUCAUGUUAUUUAUCACAAAUCCAAAAGAAAGUCUAGCUUCUCAAGAUGUAUAAUUUUAUCAUUUGAUGUUUUUGUUAUACAUUCCUCUAUAUGACACUUCAUCUUAAAAAAAAGACAUUGUGGAUUGCAGCAGCACAUUAAUUCUCAAGUAAUACAAUAUUCAGUUGUUUUUUACAACACCCCUGAACUUAAUAGUUUAAGGUGACGAAAACGAUAGAGAAUAAUAUAAUACAGUUAUAUCGUAGAAAGAUAGAAAUGGAGACUGCAAUUGCCAUACUUGUGUGGCAUAAUGUGUGCUAAUAAUGCAGUGCAUUUGCAUGCUCAUAAUACUACAAACAAUUUGCGAGAUGGUAUUGUUGUCACUUACGUUUCUUUUUUCAUUCCUUUGAUGGUGCUAUUGUUAAGAUAAUGUAAAGAUAUAAAAUUGAUUAGCAAGGAAAAGGUCCAACUUGGAACAUAUAAUAAAAUUAGAUAAUGUACAAUACACAGUGAAAUGUUACUUUAAUGUCUUGGUAAUUGUAACAGGGUACUAUGAACACAAAACCAAUUAACUGAUUGUAUAGCUGAUUUAUAAGAUUGAUUGUAUUUACCAUUUUGUUCAAUCACUUUUACAAAUCUUAUUGCAUUGUGUUUAAUAUGGUAUUGAGAUGUUUACCAGUAUUUACUUUUGUGAAUGAAACAAAUUUCUGAUUUGGAUUAAUAAAGAGGAACUUUGUCAUUCGCAAAGCUGUGUGUUGAGGGGCCCCAGGAGGAAACAAAAGGGUUAAAAUUAUUCAUUAUGCUCUCACCUCCCACUAGAAACAUUGUUAACUUGGCUUUAUCUACAUCAAUGUAGAUCUAUGGUUUGUGUAUGAGCGAAAAUAUGCCAUUAAUUGAAACAAAGGUUUCUAUGUGAAGAAGAAUUUUUUAAUCUAAGCAUGUUUUUCACCCCCACGUAAGAGUGGGAUUCGUUAUAUCAACCAAUGAAGUUUAAUUUCAAUUUACUCAAAGCUCUAAUCAUAUACAGUUAGAAGAAAUGUCAUCCAUGCAAACAUAUAAGUAAUUUUAAUGUUACAAUCAAAGUUCAGGUUUCUUCAUGUCUUGGUUCCAAAUAUCAUAUGUGCUUUAUAAAUAGGUUAUAACAGUUGUGAUUGUAUGACUUUUUGAAAAUAAGAACUGUAAAGGAGAAAAGUAUUUCAUUAAUAAAAUGAAGAAAAAUCA